GAGACGGCGAGCACUACCGGGCGAGCAGGUGAAGCAUCGCAGGACGAGGAGCGGUUGCUUCACUUGCAGACAAAGAAGAGUCAAGGUAGAUGCGCAGCUCUGGUCAGAUCUGAAACAUGGCUGAUGUGGCGACAGUGCGAUGAAGCGCAUCCCACGUGCGAAAGAUGCCGAAAGGGUGGGCGCGAGUGCGUUUAUCCAGACAAAGAAUCCGGUCAGAAGUCAGUUCGUAGUGGGUCAAAAUCGGAAAAAUCUUCUGUGGAUGGAACAUCCUCGCCCGAGGACCACGAAGGAGAAGGAAACGAGCAUUUGCCAAUUAUUCACGAUGAAGACGAAGACUUCGAAGAUGAUAUGGACGGUGAUUACACUGGAAAGUCUCAGACUUUGCGCGAUUCAUCCACGCCCGCGUCGACCCUGGAACAGAGCGCCUCCCCAUCCACGGAAGCUUCUUCAACUGUCCCGCCAACGGUAAGACAGCCUCUUUCCCGGCGAAGCAGUGCGCAGGCUACCAAGACUUCCAUAUCGAGUCGAAAUCCCUCUCAUGCGCCUAGAGAUGUACAGUUCUAUCUGAACUACUUCAAAGAACACAUGACCCACCACCACUACUCUCUGAAGCGAGAUUCCCAUAACUUCCUCAAGGGCGAGUUUCUGAACCAUGCUAUGAAAUACGAGCCCCUCAAGUACGCAGUAGCGGGAUAUGCAGCGUACUUCCACACAAUCGCACAGCCAGAUGGCCGCAUGUCAACUUUCCUACAGUUCUACAACGAGUCAGUCUCGCGCUUACGGAUGUCCAUCACGAAACAAAAGAAGCAAGGCCUUGCCACGUUCCUCACCAUUCUGCAACUUGCAAGUAUUGAGGAGAUGCUUGGUGACUGGGUCAACCUCAUGGGCCACCAGAAAGCUGCAUUCGAUAUGCUGACUCGUCUCUACACGCCCAAGACGAUUACUCGGUCGGACUUCCUGCUUAAAGUGCUGCUUUGGUACACUCGCUUCGACUUGUUUGUUGGUCUUCAAUCAGGCGGGGAGGCGGUGCUGGGUCGAGAUUGGUACGAGGCGGUGCACGAAUGCUACAUGAAAAAAGUGCGCGACCACCCGGACGACAUUGGCUACAAGUAUGAAGAACGUUUUGCAUUUUCUCGACUCGUGGCAAAGAAUUCGAGCGAUCUUUUCUCCCGGAUGGGAAAAGGUCUUCUUAGCCCUCAGGAAUUCAUGCAGCAGCUUCCCAUAGUUAAAAACGAGGUUGAGGGAUUGGCCAGGAGCAUUGGUCCAGAGUAUCAGGAUCCCACGUACAAAGUCAACGCCAUUCAAGGACAGCCCAGACCCGACGACAUUGUCGAUGCUUUUGAACCGAACGUCAUCUAUGGCGACGACCUGUGGACAACAAACUUCCUCAAACUAGAUUUCUGGAGCAUUAACUUCAUGCACGACAUCUCCACAUCGAUGGCAUUCAAAAAGCCAUUCGAACCAGAGCUCACAUCAUUGGCAUUCCAGGCCGCACAAAUAUUCGAGGCGAUGUGCGCCUAUCCGAAAGCACCGCGCGGUGCUAUCAUCGAAGCCCAAGUCAGUUUCGCCAUCGCUACACUCUUCCUGCCGAAAGAUCCAAAGACCAUAGAGUGGUGUCGAAGAACCUUCGCGAAAGUAGAGUCUCUCGGCUAUAUCUACCCGGAAUCCAUGCGCAGCCGUAUGCUUGAGUCAUGGGGACUUGAAGCUUCCGACUCGUGGCUACCCAACGAUGAAGGGUGCCCACCUAUCAUUCGAUCAAUAAAAGACUUCAUCCGCGAACGAUCUACAGCGCCCAGGGAUCAGGUCUCCGAGGAUCUUAAAGAGAUGAGGGGUAUCUUCAGCAGCCUAAACAUCUCAGACUCCCCGGGAUCAGAUAACAUGACCGUUACAAGCCACGAUAGCGCGACAGCAAUGAGUUUACCUGGUCAAUUCACUGCCUCGCCUGACUGGUGAACAUAAAUAGAGAAAGAGAUACGAAAGAUACCCAAAUCUGAGUCGGGAUACGUCGCCGACUGCAACAAGGAAGAAGGGAUGGCCAUCGACACUUGUCAGCCAACAUUUUGACACCUGCGCAGUGUUGGACUUCCGGACCGCAGACAGCUGCGUCUGAAACGAUCCACUCAACGAUCCUCAGCCCUGCUGUGUCUACCUGACGCCGCAGAAUAAUCCCGAGUGGCGUUCUGUAACGCGUUGAACGGCACA